GUGGCGAUAGAUGAAGCAGAAGAGCAUAGAAUAGUUAUCAGAAGCGACGAGUGACGAGAAGGAGAAACUACCAUUAUUCAUAGAGCUACACUCAUAUUAGUGGCUAUUGGUCUCUAAUUACGGGCUUCUGUUGAAUCAUUUCAAAAUAUAGCUAAGCAGAAAGCAGAGGAGAGAGAGAGAGAGAGAGAGAGAGAGAGAGAGAGAGAGAUGUUUUUGCAUUGACAACCUUGUUUCCUGUUUGAUUGUGAAGAUGAAAAUGCUAUUUCUCCAAACUGCUGUCCUGCCUAGACCUUUUUGUGCAACAAAAUUUGAUGCUAGUUGGCAUCCCAUGUCAUUAGUUAAUGUUCAGAACCCUAGUUUUGGUUCUGCUCAUGUUGUUUCUCAUUUAGGAUCCUUAUUUUAUUCCCCUGUAUCUACCCAUCACAUUGUAAAGUCUAAAUCAUGCUCCGUUUCAAGAAAAUCUCAUUCAAAACCUGAACCUGAACCUGAACCUAGCUCCAACCAAAGAGCAAGACCUGAGGCAACAAGUCCCCAACCUCAAGAUGUGGUAUCCAGCAAUGAUAAUAAAAGUUCUGCCGAGAACUUCCCCACAAUAAUUCCAAGGAAGAAGAGGCGUGGGCGUAGAAGUGAAGCAAUGGCAGUGGAAGAUUUUGUACGGGACUCACUUGAACGCACUUUUGAUGCAAUUAGGCAACAGAACUCGGAUGUUUUGGAGAAUCAUGAAAAUAUAAUGAAGGGAAAUGUUCGUGAUGAUUCUGAAUCUGAAAGCAAUGAUGAUGAUGAUGAUGAUGAUGAUGAGGAGAAGGAGAAGGAGGAGGAGGAGGAAGAGGAAGAGGAAGAUAAUGGGGAUAACAGAGGAAAGAAGAUGAUGAUUGAGGAAGAAAAUCAAAACUGGCCAUUGGAUGCUGAUGUUGGGUGGGGAGUAAGAGCUUCUGAGUAUUUUGAGAAUCAUCCAAUAAAGAAUGUUGUAGGGGAAAAUGGUGUUGAAAUUGACUGGGAAGGGGAGAUUGAUGAUAACUGGGUGCGGGAGAUCAACUGUUUGGAGUGGGAAAGUUUUGCUUUUCAUCCCAGCCCAUUAAUUGUCCUUGUCUUUGAACGGUAUAACAGGGCAAAUGAUAACUGGAAAAAUUUGAAAGAGCUGGAGAAAGCAAUUAAGGUGUACUGGAGUGCCAAAGAUCGGUUGCCUCCCCGGGCGGUUAAGAUAGAUAUUAAUAUCGAGAGAGACUUGGCUUACGCUCUGAAAGUUAGAGAAUGUCCUCAAAUUUUAUUUUUAAGGGGGAACAGGAUCGUGUACAGGGAGACAGAACUAAGAACUGCGGAUGAGCUGGUUCAGAUGAUUGCAUUUUUUUAUUACAAUGCGAAGAAGCCUGCAUGGAUAGACGAUAAGGCCUUGUAUUCACGUUAUUAAUUAAUUUCGAGAAUGUCACGUAGCCUUUGUUAACUUGAAAGUUAUAAUUAUCUUUGUAACGAAACAAUCAAAAUUCGCAGCAAUUUUUAUUUUCUAAAAUUGUAAUGACUGAUGAGGAUAAUGGAUAAAACUAUGGCGUCAGGCACUACCAAAUUUAUAAAUUUUCUGU